AUGGCAGCCAUUUCCGACAAAGCGCAAUUCUUUCUCGAACAAUCCGUCCCCCAACUCCGCCAGUUCGAAUCGCUUCAAAUCUUUACCAAACCAGAGAUCACCUCUCUGGUCAAGAAGCGCUCCGACUUCGAGCAUCUCGUGCUCUCUCCUGGAUCCAAACCGGUCGACUAUGUCAAUUACAUCAAGUGGGAACGCUCACUCGAAUCACUCCGUGCUAAACGCUGCAAGCGUCUACAGAUCCGCAAGUCGAGCUCACAUGCCGGCGAGGGUAGAAUAUUCGGCAUCUACGACAGAGCAGUCCAGAGACAUCCCGGCGAUCUGACCUUGUGGAAGGAGUACCUAAAGUUCGCAGAGGAGGUAAAGGCCUCAAAAAGAUGGAGAAAAGUCAUGACCCGCGCACUGAGGAUGCAUCCCAACAAACCCCAGCUCUGGGUCAUUGCAGGACGAAGGGCGGCUGCCAAUGGUGAUAUGCCGAGCUCGCGCGGCUUUUUCAUGAGAGGAGCCAGGUUCUGCAUCAGGGACGCAACAGUUUGGAUCGAGUAUGCCCGUUGUGAAAUGGAAUGGUUGGGACGCAUGGAAUCCCGAAAGGGCAAGAAGGGAGGGGUCCAGAAGGCCGUUGCAGAGCAGGCCGACUAUGGCAACGAUGCCAUCAUGUUCGGCGACGAGGAUAGUGAUGAAGAUGCCGACGAAAACGGCCGACUGGUGCUUCCUGAUCCAGAUGCCAAGGGAACCAAAAAGGUCUUCGACGACAACGCGGUGCAGAACCUUGCCAGCAAUCCCGCGCUCGACGGUGCUAUUCCAAUCGCCAUCUACGAUAUCUCAAGGAAACAACCUUUCUUCACAGCUUCUGUGGCAGAACACUUCUUUGACAUGUUCGCAGAGUGUUCGAAUGUAUCGGUACAAUCCAAGGUCAUUCAGCAUGUCCUUAACACCAUGACGGAGGCAUAUCCCAACUCCGCUUCUACCUGCAACUGCCAGAUUCGCCGGCCGCUCGUUGGUGUCGACGUCAGGUCUGCAUCAUAUCCCAAGGCUUUGCGCGAGGCUCUGGCGAUACUUAAGACCGCCCUGGAAACCACCACAGACAAGUUGCAGUUGGCUCAGAAGACAGCUGCCUGGAUCGAAUCAGUCCUGGCUGAGGAAGAUCUCGAUGCCGGUAUCCGUGCUGUAUUAGAAUAUACGAUCCGGACUCUUCCCAAGCCUUGA